UUUUGUGUUUUGUUAACCAACACUGGAGUUGGUGUUGUCUGUUCCAAACGAUUUAAAGCGAUGUCGCUGGUCAAGAAGCACGUGUUGGGAUUCUCAUCAAAUGGUGGGAAACUUUUUGCAUUAAUUGAUGAACACGGCACCCUACGAAUAUGGGACACUGAGUCGAAUACAUUAAAGCAGGAAUACAAACCAAACUUUCAAAUAUCUGGCCAUUGCACUGCCCUCACAUGGAUUACAAUUAGUGCUCCGCGUCCAAAGAAGUCUCGCAAAUCACUGCAAGUUAAUUCUACACUAAACGAUAAGCAUUGUAUAGCACUCGGCACGUCUAAGGGAACAGUUGUGCUCUAUUCAGUGAUAGAGGGGAAGAUUGAUCGAAUUUUGGGAGGCGAUAAACAUGAUGGAUCAAUCACAUCCAUUGCCUAUGACAAUGAUGGACAUCUAUAUACUGUUGGCACAGACGGUCGAGCGUUGGUGUGGUCCUUAGCCGAGGAGCGGUGCAUUAACCAGUGGCCAGUUGGACCCGAAAAUCCAUUAAAUGUAGUAUUUUUGCCAAAGAGUCGAACUCUGGCCGUUGCCUCACGUCAAUUGAAGAUCUUUGAUGUGGACAAGAAGGAGCUGGUAGAAACAUGCAUCGGGCAUUCGGGCGAAAUUAAUGCAAUCAAUAGUUUUCACUGCAACAAUAAUGAAUAUGUCAUAACGACAGCCAAAAUGGAAAGGGUUAUUUCGUUCUGGAAAAUUGAUAGAAAAGGCAGAAAUAAGGCUUCAGUAUGCACGCUGCUAAUGGAGGAUGUGGCACACAGUGUAGCGUGUGAUGUGCACGAUGAUGGAGAAUUGCGCGUAGCAAGUGUGACCCGCAAUGGAAACAUACACAUUUACUUGCUCAAUGCGGAGAGCCUCUCUGCUGAGAAAUAUAUUAAACCAAAAGUUUCGCUGCAAAUCGCUUCGGAUGGCGCUGAGACUGUGGAACCGAUUCAUGCAAUCGCUGCUUAUUUUGUCAAAGAUGCUCAACGGUCGCACGAUAUACUUUUUGGCUACGGCAGUCGUCAACUGCUACAGUUCGAACGUUACACUCCAAACUACGCUGAGAAACUGAAUGUUAUUGUACGCACCGCACCGAAGAAAUUGUAUAUCAAGAACAAGCGUAAUGAACCGGGCACAGAAGCUGCUCUGAAAGCUCAAACACCAAUUGUUCGCACUAAUGAGGUGGAGUACAAUAGCGCCUUGCCCAUGUCCAAAAAGAAGGUACAGAACGAGGUGCCUAUGGAGGCAAGACUGCAGAACUUGUCGAUCCAACCGACGAAGCUGCCGGGUGGCAAACUGCAAAGCCAGAGUAAGACGCAACUGCUGAUGCAGGCGCUACACAGCCAGGAUCAAACCAUGUUGCAAUCCGUGUUGGCUUCAAACGAUGAGAAGACCGUUCAGUUAACACUCGAUCGUUUACCCCUUGAAUAUAUAGGCCCACUAAUCAACGAGCUGUCCACGCUGCUCCAAGGCAAAGCGGCCAAUGUAAUUUGUGCUCUACGCUGGCUGCAAACCCUGGCAACAACUCAUACGAGUGUCAUGAUGUCUGAGAACAAGGAGGAACUGCGCGAUAAGUUGGGCAUUUGCCUCGGCAUUGCGGAGCAACGUCUACAUUGCAUUACAGAAGCCCUGCAAGUUUCUGGUCGAGUUAACUUGAUUAUAAAUCAAAUGAAACGAAAUGCGGAAAACAAGUUGAAUGCAAACAAUGUUUUAGUUAUAGACGAGGAUCCAGAAGAUGCCACGCAAGCGGGCGAAAACAAUUGGAGCGAUUUGGAGGAGGAGGCAGAAACCAGUAGAAACUACGCCCUGGAUAAUGAUCAAAUGGAAGCGGAUGAUGAUUUGGCAGCUGAUGAGGAGAACCUCAUAGAGACACAGAAUUCAUCGGAAGAUGAUAAUGAUGAAGAGGGUACAGACACAGAUGCCUCUGCGGGCUAAAAAAAAAUAACCUUUCC